AUGUUGUUGCGGUCGCCGCCGAAGUUGUGCACGAAGGUGCGCGUCCAGUUCAGCGCCCAGUACUGGUCGUGCAGGCCCGCGUUGCCGCGGCCCGCCGUCGUGUUGCCGCCGCCCGCCAGGAAGCCCAGCGGGCCCAGGCGGUACUGCGCAGCCACCAGCACGAAGCGGCCGUCGGCGCCCUCGUGGUCCAGGAUGAAGUCCGGCUUCACGUUCCACGAGGACCCGCGCACGAAGGCGCCGCCGUGGAAGAACAGCAGCACCGGCAGCAGCCCGCUCUGGCCCUGCAUCGAGUACCUGCGUGCCGUUGAGGAUGGCGUCGUCGGGCGUGUACACGUCGAGCGUGAGGCAGUCCUCCUUCUCCUCGUCGGGCACGUCGUCAUUGUAAGGCGCGGGGGCGGCGCGCGCCCAGUCCCACGAGGCGGCGCCUCCCAGCUCCGCCUCGCGCCGCUCCAGCUCGUCCGGGUAGAACUUGCCUUGCGGGCAGGCGCGCGCGCGGAUCCGGCCGUCGUGCUCGUCGUCCCAGCGCGCGAACUUGGACGGCGGCUGCACACACGCCGCGCACCACCGAAUCAGCGCGCGCUCGCCACUCGCCUUUACGCGGAAAGG